AUGGAUAUAGAUGACUUAAUAGUGGAAGUUUCUACUAGUGAGAAUGAGACCAAGAGUGUUGAGGACCUCCAAGAUGCUUAUAACGAGUUAUACAAGGAGUGUCUUAAACAAGGUGAUAAAUUGCUUUCAUUGAGCCCGAGGCUCAAAAUGAGUGAAGAGGAAAAGAAAGCACUUCAUGUGGACAUAGUUAAGUUCAAGGCUCAUAUUUGUAGGCUUGACGAGGAGAUGAAAUCCCUCUUUGACAAA